AUUUAAGUCCGCUCCGCGGCGCGGAGCCGCGAUGUCUCCGGCGGCUGCGGCGGCUGACGGAGGCGAGCGGCGGCGGCCCCCGUUGGGCGGACGGGAAGGCCGGAGCCGGGCCCGCGGCUACGGAGGACCGGCGGGUGCCGCGGCCCUCGGCCUAGCGCUGCUCGGCCUCGCGCUCUACCUGGUGCCCGCGGCGGCCGCGCUGGCCUGGCUGGCCGUGGGGGCGAGCGCGGCCUGGUGGGGCCUGAGCCGAGAGCCCCGCGGCCCGAGGGCCCUGUCGUCGUUCGUGCGCGACGCGCGCCGUCACCCGCGGCCCGCGCUCACCGCUUCACCGCCUCCGGCCAAGUCGCCAGUCAACGGUAGCCUCCGCGAACCCCGCAGCCCGCUCGGAGGCCCCGACCCGGCUGAGCUCUUACUCAUGGGCAGCUACCUGGGCAAGCCCGGGCCGCCCGAGCCUGCCCUCCCGCAGGACCCACGGGACAGGCCGGGGCGCCGCCCACCCGCACGCUCCCCGCCUCCGGCGUCGGCGGUCCAGCGAGUCCACCACGUCUACCCCGCGCUCCCCACCCCGCUUUUGCGAUCCUCCCGGAGGCCGCCCCACCGAGAUUGUGGGCCUUUAUCCAGUCGGUUUGUUAUAACACCCCGAAGACGAUAUCCCAUUCAGCAAGCCCAGUAUUCCUUGCUUGGGGCACUUCCAACCGUCUGCUGGAAUGGUGGCCAUAAGAAGGCUGUGCUGUCUCCACGGAACUCCAGGAUGGUGUGCAGCCCAGUGACAGUGAGGAUUGCCCCUCCAGACAGCAAGCUAUUGCGCUCACCAGUGCCAGAGCAGAUCCUCGAUACAACCCUGUCUUCACCAUCAAGUAUUGCUCCAGAUCCUUGUGCGAAGGAGACUGUCCUGAACGCCCUCAAGGAGAAGAAGAAAAGAACAGUGGCGGAGGAAGACCAGCUGCACCCUGACGGCCAGGAAAACAAGAGAAGGCGCCAUGAUAGCGGUGGGAGCGGACAUUCAGCAUUCGAGCCCCUUGUGGCCAACGGAGUGCCUGCUGCAUUUGUGCCUAAGCCUGGCUCCCUGAAGAGAAGUCUGGCUUCCCAGAGCUCAGAUGACCACUUGAACAAACGGUCUCGCACCUCUUCUGUGAGCUCCCUGACUAGUACGUGCACAGGAGGCAUCCCCAGCUCUAGCCGCAAUGCCAUCACCAGCUCCUACAGCUCCACCCGUGGCAUUUCACAGCUGUGGAAGAGGAGCGGUCCCACAUCUUCUCCCUUCUCCAGUCCAGCUUCCUCCCGCUCCCAGACGCCAGAGAGGCCAGCCAAGAAGACAAGAGAGGAGGAGCCAUGUCAGCAGUCUAGUUCUUCAGCUCCCUUGGUGACAGACAAGGAGUCCCCAGGAGAAAAGGUUACAGAUACAGCCACUGGGAAGCAGCAGAGUUCAUGGACUUCCCCACCCACACCUGGCAGCUCCGGGCAACGCAAACGCAAGAUCCAGUUGCUGCCCUCCCGGCGAGGGGACCAGCUCGCCUUGCCUCCGCCCCCAGAGCUUGGCUAUGCCAUCACUGCUGAAGACCUGGACAUGGAGAGGAAAGCCUCACUGCAGUGGUUUAACAAGAUCUUGGAGGACAAGCCAGAUGAUGCUUCCUCCUCAGCCAAGGACGGCCCCCCUGCCAGCAGCCCUCCCUUCACAUUCACCCUGUCUACUGUGGGGCCUGCUGCCUCACCGGCUGCCGUCCCGGCUCCCAGCUCUAACCCACUGUUGGAGAGCCUGAAGAAGAUGCAGGAGUCUCCGGCCCCAUCAUCCUCGGAACCUGCUGAGGCAGCAACAGUUGCAGCCCCUUCACCUCCGAAGACCCCCAGCCUCCUGGCCCCUCUUGUCUCACCACUGGCAGGACCCCUAGCCAGCACCUCCUCAGACUCCAAGCCUGCAGCCACCUUCCUGGGGCUGGCUUCUGCUUCCUCUAUAACCCCACUCACUGACACCAAGUCUCCUGGAGUCUCUCGUACUGAGCAGUCUGUCAGCACCCCAGCCUCCGCAGCUCCCUCCCCAACCCCAAAGCCCAGCAUGCUGUUUGGCAUGCUGAGUCCACCUGCCAGCUCUUCUUCCCUUGCCACUCCGCCUCCGGCUUGUGCUUCUCCCAUGUUUAAGCCCAUUUUUCCAGCCACACCUAAAAGUGAGAGUGAGAACCCCUUACCAAGUAGCUCCUCGGCCGCCGCCACCACAGCUCCAGCCAGCACCGCCCCCCCCACGACAGCCAGCACCACGGCUCCCAAGUUCAAGCCCAUUUUUGACAAGAUGGAGCCAUUCACAGCCAUGCCCCUGUCAACUCCCUUCUCCCUGAAGCAGACAACGGCUACAGCCACCACUACAGCCACAUCAGCUCCUCUCUUCACUGGCCUGGGCACUGCCACCUCCACGGUGGCCUCUGGCACCUCAGCUUCUGCCUCAAAGCCUGUGUUUGGCUUUGGAGUGACCACUGCGAGCACUGCCAGUAGUACCAUGACUUCCACGUACCAGUCACUUCUGUUUGGGGGAGCCCCCCCUGUUACUACUUCUAGCUCCACCCCAGCCCUGGCCUCCAUCUUCCAGUUUGGCAAGCCCCUUGCCCCAGCAGCAUCUGCAGCAGGCACCUCCUUUAGCCAGCCCCUCGCCAGCUCUGCCCAGACCGCCGCCAGCAGUAGCAGUGGUGGCUUCAGUGGAUUUGGCAGCACCCUCACCACCUCCACCUCGGCCCCUGCCACCACCAGCCAGCCCACGCUGACCUUCAGCAACACUGUCACCCCCACCUUCAACAUUCCCUUUAGCUCCAGUGCCAAGCCCACGCUCCCCACCUACCCUGGAGCCAACUCACAGCCCACGUUUGGAGCCACCGAUGGGGCCACCAAGCCAGCACUUGCCCCAAGUUUUGGCGGCUCGUUCACUUUCGGCAACUCCGUGGCCUCAGCCCCUUCGGCAGCCCCAGCCCCAGCCCCAGCCACCUUUGGCAGUGCUGCACAGCCAGCUUUCGGAGGGUUGAAAGCNGCAGCCUCCACCUUUGGCGCCCCUGCCAGCACUCAGCCAGCUUUCGGUAGCACCACNUCUGUGUUUUCUUUUGGGUCAGCCACCACAUCUGGCUUUGGUGCUGCUGCUGCUGCCGCUGCCGCUACCACCACACAGACCACCAACAGUGGGAGCAGCAGUCUGUUUGGCAGCUCUGCUCCAUCCCCAUUCACAUUUGGUGGCUCAGCAGCUCCUGCUGGCAGUGGAGGCUUUGGACUUAGUGCUACACCAGGCACCAGCUCCACCUCUGGAACUUUCAGCUUUGGAUCUGGACAGAGUGGGACCACGGGCACCACCGCCUCCUUUGGGGGAAGUCUGAGUCAGAACACCCUGGGCGCACCCAGNCAGAGUUCACCCUUUGCCUUCAGUGUGGGCAGCGCACCUGAAAGCAAGCCUGUGUUUGGAGGCACAUCCACACCUACUUUCGGGCAGAGUGCCCCUGCCCCAGGAGUAGGCACCACAGGGAGCAGCCUCUCAUUUGGGGCCUCUUCAACACCUGCCCAAGGCUUUGUUGGAGUUGGACCUUUUGGAUCAGCAGCCCCUUCGUUUUCCAUUGGCGCGGGAUCCAAGACCCCAGGGGCUGGACAGCGACUUCAGGCUGGAAGGCAGCACACCCGCAAGAAGUAGCCCUGCCUCUUGUCUCCACUCCCCCGUCCCUUGCCUGAAUCUGGACCUCAGCACCUGCUAGGAAGAGCCUCUGACCCUUCAAAUUCCAUAGCGAACCCAGUGCGUCGCCAGGGUGGAAGCGGCAGCCUGGCCCUUUCUGUUNUAGAGGAAGCGAGUGCCCCACGGAGGGACGGAAGCCCAGUACUUUACUUGAACAGUCACACUGGUNAGGCUGGAGAACUGAGAAAACACGUGUACAUAUUGUCCUCUUGCUGCCCCAGCGCUUGUUUAGUGUGUAACCUGGGCAGCUCCCCCCUUUCCU